AUGUUAGAUGCCUCAAAAGAUUCUACUAAUGAUGCUGUCGUAAUUUUAGCAGUUUCUACUAUUUUAGGAAAGGAAAACUCUAUUCCUAUAGGGUCUUUAAUGGGGGGUACAACAUUAUAUAUGAAAGUAAAAAUAUCAAAUAAUAUUUUAGGUUCUAGGAUUAGAUUAAACUGCUAGUAAUAAUGCAGUAUAUGUUGGGAAAUACCCUUGUAUAAUAUCAGACAAAGGCGUUAAUGGUCUAUUUGUAAAUUGUAAAACAACAAAAUCUAAUCAAAAUGACCAUAACUUAUUAAACUUAAAAAUUAUGGUCAAGGUCUAAGAUAAACCAGACUCUAUUUGUACAUUCAGUUACACAUACUGCCAUUUUUCCUAUACUCCAUAAAAUACACCAAAAUUAUUUUAUGUGACUCCAAGAUCUAAUUACCCUAGGAUGUUUAGUUAUUGGAGGGCUAAAUGGGUUAUAUCUAGUAAUGCAGUAGAGUACUUAGAAGGAUAAUUUAUGGGUUCAAAUAGAUGUGACAGAUUCUCCAUUUAAGAUCUGUAUCCGAAGUAAAUAAAUUACUAGGAUGAUAAAGUAGUAUGUUAGGUUUCAGCUGAGAUCCAAGCAGGUUACUAUGAUUAUACAAUAAAAUCAUAGAAUGGAUAUUAGAUUAAUUCAUUUGGGUUAAAAUAGAAAAAAGUAUAUUCUGACAGGAUGUAUAACUCAAAGUAUUUAUAUAAAAUAUUAAAGAGUUGUUCCCAUAAUAACAGGACUUAAUACUAAUUUCGCAUCACCUGAAGGACAAAUUUUAGAGAUUUUUGGAUUUGGAUUCAGUCCCUUUGCUCAUUAAAAUAGAGUUAAGAUUUCAGGUUAAUCUGAAAGUAUAGAAGUCAUAACUUCUACUCCAACAAGUAUAAAAGUUAAGAUACCUAAAAUAUAAAAAUAAUUAGAAAACUCUAUAUAUAUUUAAGGAAGUGGAUUACAUUAUACAAGAUGGAAUAUAUCAGGUUUAAAUUAUAAUUGUGGAUCCUUUAGAUAAUAGAUUAUUACUAAUAUGGCUUAAUUAGAUGAAAGAAUUAAAUUUGAUGGGAUAUAUCCUGAACCUGAUGUUCAAAGUACAUUUGGAGAAUAAUAUGGAUAAUAUUUUCGAGGUUUUUUAAAAGCCCCUUUUACAGGUGUUUAUAGAUUCUAUAUAUCAUCAGAUAAUUGUGCAUAAUUUUAUAUCUAAAAAACAGAAAUUUUUAAACCAAUUAGACCUGAUAAUCCAAUAGCAGCUAGUAAUUGGAAUCCUUAUAGAAAUUAUUGGUUUGAAUCUUUAAGUUAUACUUCUGCCAUUAAAUCAAUAUCAUAACCUAUUACUUUAGAAGCAGAUAACUUUUAUUACAUUGAAGUUUAUCAUAUUAAUGAAAUAUCAGAAGGUCAUUUGACAUUAUCGAUGGAAAUAGAAAGUGAGACUAUAAAAUCUAAUUCAUUAAAUAGUAUUUAUUAAAUAUAAACUACUUAUACACCAAUUAAAGAAGUGAUAGAAUUCACUCUUUAUAAUUAAAAUGAAAAUACAUUAUUAAAAGGUAAUUACAGACUUAGAUUCACUUAUGGAAUCUAGAAAACUCCACAAAUAGAUACUUUUUAUAUCUAUACUAGUAGUGAAUUAACUGCUAGUUCAAGUGCUAAUGCAAUGAAAAAUGCAAUAUAAAGUAGUGGUGCACCUUAUUAUAUUACUGUAAUAAGCACAAAAUUGGAUUAUAAUGGAAAUACAUUAGAUGAUUCUGUAAUAUCUUUUGCUGGAUAUAAAUAUACAAUAACUUUUGAUUCUCAUAGAGGAUCUUAAAUGUAUAGAGCACUUCCAAAGAUUGUUUAAUAAACACUUAAUGGAGGUAUUAUUGGUUCAACAGUUGAAUGUAUUUAAGAACCAGCUGAUCCAAUUAGUGGAUCAUUUCAAUUAUCAAUGAUAAUUAAUGGAUAAGAAACUUUAUUUUAAGUAACAGAUAAUGACUAUGAUUUGAAAUUUGAUGUAUCAACAACAAUAAUAGCAAAUAAUAUUGAAAAAUUAACAGGUUAAUCCCCUUUUGUUUGGACAGUUGGAUAACCAUAAGAUGGAUAGAAAUGGUUUAUUGUAUUUAGAACUCAUUUUGAAGGUCUUUAUGAUUUUAGAGUAUCAAAUAAUUUAUUAGUAUCUGGUAAUAUAAUAGAAAAUGAAUUCAUUUUAGCUGGAUGUUAAAAGUAAUCAAUUUGUGAUUUAACCUUGGGUGAUCAAAAAACACCAACUUUAUAAUCAUAUUCAAUAAGUGGAUCUCUCUUAUCUUUAUCAUUAUAAGAAGGAGUUGAUUUAACAAUAACAACAAUUAAUAUAGAUAUUGAAUAUGCAGGAGCAGAUUGUACUAAUAUUUAAAUAAUUAAUUAUGCAUCUCCAUACACUAUAAUUUGUAAUUUAGAAUAAUUAAAUGGAUUAAAUAUUAAAGAAGCAGGAGAAAAGUAAAUACCAAUUAUUCAUCAUAAAGAUAUUGGUUUUUCUAAAAUAGAUUAAAGUAUAAUAGGUGAAAAUGUUGAUCUUUAAAUAUCUUCAAUUUAACCUAAUUCUGCUUCUUCAGAUGGAGGUACGACAAUCACAAUUAAUGGUAUGGGCUUCCCUAAAAAUUUAAAUAGAGAUUUUAUAUUUUAAAUUGAUAAUUAAAAUAUUAAACCAUUAUCAAUUUCAAAUACUUAAUUAAUAUUUAUAGCUCCAAAAUAACUAAGUGGAGGAAUUGGAUCCAUAUCACUUUAAUUUAAUUCAAAAAUAGCUACAAGUUUAUUUACUUAUGAUGAAUCAUUAAGAAUUCAAGUAACAAGUUUAUAAUUUUAUUAAAAAUCACCAUUAUUUAAAGGUGAUAUGACAAUUACUGGAGUCAAUUUUGGUAAUAUCAUAGAAGAUAUUAAAGUUACAUUAAUUGGAAAUAAAUCUUAUAAUGUAAAAGUAUUAUCAAUUACUGAUACAUAAAUUAAAGUCUAUUUAAGAGGAGGAAUGCCUGGUAAUUAUAGAAUUAUUGUUACAAGAAAGAAUUAUGGUGAUUCAUAUGCAAAUAAUGAUGAUAAUUUAUUUUAAUAUAUAAUACCAAUUAAUAGUGUAACUUUAGAAGAUGGAACUAGUUAAGCAAAAGGUUCUGAAGCAGGAGGUACAGUUAUUAAGAUUACUGGAUCAAAUUUUGUAUAAGGAGAAACUCUUGUAUUUAUUGGUAAGGCUGUUAAUUGGAUAUGUGAAAUAGAUGAAACUAGAUUUACAAGUGAAAUAAUCUAUUGCACAGUUCCAAAUUUUAUACUUAAGAACCAUAAUUAGUAAUAGUUACAUUAUAAAUAACACUUGAAUCAACUUGUUUAGAUAGUACUAAUAAUUGUUAAUUUACAUAUGAUAAUGAAUUAAGUUGUAUUUAAAGGUCCUAUAACAUAAACAGCAACAACUAAUUUAAUUGAUAAUACUUUUACUUAUACAAUUCCAAAUCUACCUUAAGGAUAUUAUACUACUUACAUAUUAACUGAAAAUGGCUAUGCUGAUAAAAUAUGGAUUAGUAUAAUAGAAUUAAGUAUUACAACAAUUGACAAUGCUGCUAUAGGAGGAUAAAUAUUAACAAUAAAUGGUAUAGAUUUUAAUGUUAAUCAACAUCCAAAUGUAAAAAUUGGAUCAACAAUAUGUACUGAAUUAUAAGUAAUAUCGAGUGUAUAAAUUAAAUGUAGAAUGACAAGAUAAUCAGGAACUUCAGCAAUUGUAACUUUAACUUAAUUACCUUCUGAGAAUAAUUCAGCUACUCCUUAUACUGUUGAAUUUACUUUAUCUAUUAAAUCAUAAUAAAAUUCUCCUGUUAUCACAUCUAUAAAUGGUGUUGUUUACAAUAUUAAUAAAAAAGCUAAUGUAGUUUAGACUGGUAAUGUAGUACUUGUAUUCAGUGGAAGUAUGUUAAAUGGUAGUAGUGUUUUAGUAAUAUUGGAAUACAUGAGUAAUAAAAUUAGCGGAGUAGUAUCAGAACUAUCAGAUACAGCAGUAACUUCAACAUUUACAGAUAUACCAGCAGGAGUUUAUUCAAUUAAUAUUUUAAUAGAUAAUAAUUAUGCGUAUUUUAUUGAUUUAACAUAAUAAACACUUAUAGUAAAUACAGAUAUUCCUAUUUCAAAUAAUCCAACUAUUUCUUAUGUAGGUGGAGCUAUAAUUACAUUUACUGGUAAAGGAUUUGAUUAAAAUACUCAUUUCACUUCUGUAUUAUUAUGUGGAUUCAAUUGUCCAAUUACUUAAGCAUCAUAUACUACUCUUUCAUGUGAAACUCCUAAAUUAUUAACAAAAUCAGUUUUUAAUCAAUACUCACCACUCCAAGAACCUCCUAGAUACAUAAAACCAUCUGAAGUAUUAUUACUAACUGAUUGAUAGUGGAUCUUCUAUUUCCACAUUUUUUGAUCUAUAAUAAUCAACAUAUUAUAGUUCUUCUAGUGCAUCUAAUUGUUUCAUAGAAGUUGACUUUGGUAAGAGUAGAGUAUUAAAACUACAUUAAUUAAGAUAUCUUCCAAGAAUAGACAUCUAGGCAAUCAUCUUAAAAGGUGCUGUAUUCCAAUAUACAACAGAUAGUAUACUUUGGUAAACUAUAUUAACAGUGGAUUAAACUGUUCAUACAGGUUGGAAUAUUUAUGUUCCUGCUGUUGAUAUUUCAGAUAUUAAAGCAAUUAGAUUAUUUGACUCAUAAGGUGUAACUGGAUCAUCUUGUUAAUUAGCAGAAAUAGAAUUGAAAGGAUGGGUUUUAUCAAAUAGUAAUAAUGAUUACAUAAUUCCAACACUAUGUGAUGCUGAUAUUAUAAUAAAUGGAUAUGAAAUAGAUACAAUAUCUGGAUCAGCCAUAUAUUCUUCAAAUAGUGUUCCAAUUGUAAAUACUGUUGAUCCUUAAUCUGGAAGAUUUAGUGAAGAAGCAGUCAUAACAAUAUCUGGUACAGGAUUUAUAAAUGGUUAAACUACAGUUUCUAUUGAUGGAGUUAGUUGUAAUAUUUAAAGUGUUUCUGAGACUUAAAUUAUAGGCUAAACUGGUAUCAAAGAUUUAGAUUUCACUUAAUUAAAUGGUAUAUUUUAAGUUAGAGUUAAUGGAAACUUGGCUGUCAAUAAUUAAUAAUUUAUAUAUGCUACAAAAUGGUCAGAUAUUAAUACUUGGGGAGGAUAUGAAUAUCCUGGAGAUGGAGAUUCAGUUAUUGUUAAUGCAGGAUAAACAUUAAUUGUAGAUGUUUAAACACCUAAAUUAAUGUAAGUUUUAGUAGAAGGCACAUUGACAUUCUCUGAUGAUUUAGAUACAUCAAUGGAUGCACAUUACAUUAUUAUAAGAGAAGGAAAAUUCAAUAUAGGUACUGAUUCUAUAGCACAUUAACAUAAAGUAUAAAUUACUUUACAUGGUAAUGAAGAAGAUGUAUAAAUGCCAGUAAUGGGUAAUAAAGUAUUAGGAUGUCACUAAUGUCAAUUAACUAUUCACGGAAAAGAGAGAAUACCAACAUGGACAUUAUUAUCUACUACAGUUUAAGCUGGAACUACUCAAAUUAAAGUAGAUGAUUAAGUAGAUUGGUAAAUUGGAUAAUCAAGAUUGUAUAAAUUUCCUUUUAAUAAUUCAAAUUAUUCUAAAUUUUUCAUCAGUAUUAAAAUGCUAAAGUUUAUUUAAUCAUUCGUAUAAAUGAAAUGAUUUCAUUUUUAUAAAUCAAAAAAUUUAAAAUAAUAAAUAUUUACAAUACAUUUGAAUGUCCUGGAUUGAUUAAUUUUUUAAUAGAAGAUUAAACUGGACAUUUCUUUGGAAAAGUUAGCCAAGCUAUUGGUAACAAUACAUACAUAGGUCCAAAUGUCACUUAUUGUACAAGAUAGGAAGCAUGGAAUGGAUAUUGGUGUCUUGGUCGUUAAAUAACUGCUAUGGGUUUCAUGAGUGUAGCCCCAGAUUAUAAUAAAAGAUUAUAUUCACCCAUUAAAUUAGAUGAUGGAAAGUUUUUUAAUGAAAUUAACAGUUAAAUGGAAUGGCAUUGGUCAGGAGCAGAACCUAAAAAUUUAAGAGAAUCAAAAUUUGUUGCUUUGAUACCCUCAAAUACUAUUGUAAAUAUGAGUAAUGCUGGAAUGAAUCCAACUGCAUCAGAAUAUCAGUUAUCUAAAAGAUAUUUAUCAGGUCGUCCAGAAGAUUAUGUAAUUUUGAAAUGGCAAUUUUAAGUACCUUAAGUUAUUUAAGUCUCAGUUGGUACUAAAGUUAUUUUGCCUGGAAUGACUACUAAAUCUUAACACCAUAAUCUAAUGAAUAUGACAGAUUAAUGUGGAGCAAAUAAUUAUUUCUAUUAAAAUAAUACAAUUCAUUUUGUAAUCAAUGGUUAAAUAGGAUGUAAAGUUAAAAUUACUUUAAAAAACACACUUUAGAUAUCAACAAGGCUUGAAAUCACAACUGAACAAUUCUUUGGAGAUAAAUUUUUAGAAUAUGCUAGGGCAUAAUUAGGAGGGGAUCCCUUUAAUUAUUUUAUUAUUGGUAUAAAAAAAUCUUCUAGGAGAUUUUUGGAUGAAACAAUAAGCCACUAAGUAACUGUAUAUUGGACAAUAGUAGACAAUGUUGAAAUCGGAUCCACUGAUUCUAACUAUUCAUAUCAAUAUUUAGAAGACUUUGCAACUAAAUUAGAAUUCUUUAACCCUCCUCCUUAUAUUGGUACAGUUUUAGAAUAAUCAACUACCAUCAACAUUUUGAGCAAUUUAAAAUUCCCAUCUACCGAACCUACAUCAUGUAUUUUUAUCUAAUUUUAUUAUUUAGAAAUUUAAUAAACACCAGAAGCUACAAAUACCAAUCCUGGAAAUACUGAUUUCAAUAAAAAUAAUGAAAAUAAUUAAGGAUCAAUUAAUGAUAAUUAGCAUAAUGAUAAGGAAAUUGCAUUAACUCAAGAUGAACCAAUUUAUUAAUAAAAAAAUAAUGAGAACAAUUAUAACAACAUAACAGGAACCAUUAAAAAAUCCAUUAAAUAAACUGAAACUUCAUCUAACACAGUUGAAAUUGUAGUCUCAGUAAUUUGUUCUGUAGUUGGAGUCUCUAUAAUUAUUGCUGCUUUGAUAUAUUACAAGAAGAUUAAAUUAGCUAAAUUAAUUGCAAAUAGAAAUUAAAAAGUGGAUAAUGAAUUCUUCAAAGUAAACCUCACUGAAUAGCAACUAUAGCUCUAAAAUCAUCAGUAACAAAUGGAUUGA